UCUCAUUGGGUAGCAGGCUUCCGGAGGCGGGUCCUAACCCAAACCAAUGAGAGAGCGGAGAUCUUCAAGCGAGAAGAGGAAGAAAUCAUUCUGAAACUUGCUCGCCUUCCUGGUGAGGCUCACGAGGAAGAGCUGCAGAUCUGAUGGUCCGUUGAAAGCAUUGCCAAUUUAUAUUCCACACACUGAGUAUUGUUGCUUAUUAAGAUGGCAUACAUGACUGUGGAGAAGAAAACAGAUUCAAUCCUGCACCUUACGAGGUCUCCUGGUAUUAGAUCAUGGUCUGUGUUAGUUGGAAUUGGUUCUAUUGGUUUAGCUGCUGCCUACUACAGUACAGAUAAUUGGGCAUGGAAGUUAUUCUAUGUCGCAGGGUGCAUUUUUGUAGCCAUACAAAACUUGGAAGACUGGGAGGAAGUUCUGUUUGACAAGAUUAAAGGAACUGCAAUUCUUAAGAAUUUUAACCUUUAUACGAGGAUACUGACCAUGUGGUCUAACAGCCAGGAACAAGUUGUGACGCAGAUUCAGCAUAUUCAUAACGUGACUGUGGAGGAGGAGAGAAUACGCUAUUUGGGCAAAGGUUAUGUUGUUGUACUGAGAUUUUCAGCUGGGUUUUCACAUCCACUUACCCAAAGUGCAGUGCUGGGUAAUCAAAGUGAUGUGAGGGCCAUAGCGGAACUUAUAAUCAACUUUCUGAAUCUUAACAAACCUGCCUUUGAUGAGAAAGCAGAAUUGCCUGCAGACAGCAGUGAAAGUACUGGCAGUGACAAUGAAACAAACUGAUGAUUAAUGGCAGAAAGCGGUUCACGGACAUUUCGAACACAACUAAAGUAAACCAAUGGCUUUUAGCGUCUGACAAUGUUGUGGAACAUUAAAAGAUCAUCUAUAAACACACCACUUAUGAAAGUAUUGUGAUCAAUCAGUGCUCAACACUUAACAAUGAGGCAAACUUCUUCCCCAGUGCAAUAAACUAUACUUUUCACAUUCCAUCGUUGAAUGCUUGCUAAGACAGUGAGUUGCUUUAAAUAAGUGUACAAUAGAUUGUGCAAACUGCCAAAAAUAAUAUCCAUCUAGGAAAAUUGGAAUAGAGAAAUUAAUUUUGUAUUUAGUUUGACUAUUCCAGUUCAAAAGAAGUGGUACAUUGUGAAAAUACUGCUCUUGCCUCAUAGCUCCAGAAACCCAUGUUCAAUCCUGAACUUUGGUGCUGUCCAUGUGAAUGCUGCUUGUUCUCCCUGUGGUAACUUGGGUUGCCCAUGGGUGCUCCAGUUUCCUUACACAUGCUAAAAAUGUGCUUAUUGGGUCAUUAACUAGUUAUUGUAAAUUACCCUCAGUUUAGGUAGAUGGGAAGAGAAUGGAGCUGCUGGGCAUGAGAGAGAGAGAAAAUAGUUUGCAGUGAAAUAAGUGGUAGAAUGGAUUUGAUGGGAUUAUUGAAAUUGUCAGCAUAGCCCUGAUAGGCUGAAUGGUCUCCUGCAUCAAAAGGAGAGGUAAUAUGUAAAUAUUCUGCCUACAGCCACUUAAAACUUCUUUCUGGGGUUCCCUAUGAAAGAUUGUUUAUACAAUGUGUUGCAAAAGCAUCAAUUUUGGAUAUAGCAACAUAAUGAGGAAUUAGAAUAGUUUAGACACCGAGUAGUUUGUGUUGUAACUUGAAAUUAUUUAGAAUGGCUAAAUAGAUUUUGCAUGAACUCCCUGUUCUGACAGCCCCAUUUUAUUUUGGGUUUACAUUUUUGUCCAGCUAUUAUUGGAGCUACUACUUAAUAGGUCAAGUUAUCAUCUAUGAAAAGAAUAUUUCAGCUUAAUAAUGGUAUUUCGGAUUUCCUGCAUCUGCAGUAAUUGCUUGUACAAUUCUGAAUAAUUUGUGUUCACUAUUUUUAAAUAAAAAUCAUUGUGAAAGGAUAAAUGUUUAGAAAUAUUUAUUGAAUAUUUAAAGAAAUGGAUUGCAAAAUCUUGGAUUAAGUAAAAGGGAAGGUGAGUGCGGGAGAGGUUGCUGAAGUUCCCAAAAUAAAGAAUAAGACAAAAAGUUUAGAAAGGGUUCAGAAUUUAACUUCAGACAACACGGAGCGGAAAUUGAAGGGAAGGGUGGUGAAUUCAGGACUCAAUGUGUUAACUUGAAUAAACAAAAGAUACAAAAUAGGGUAGAUGAUCUAGUAGAUCAAAAUAAGGUAGUUGAUUAGAUUGGAAGAAGUGUACAGACGCAGUAGCUCGUCAUUGUGCAAGGCAGCUGAGAUUUAAAACGCGAGGAGUUUCUUUCAGUGGGAGAUUUGAUUAGGAGAAGUGCGCAGACGCAGUAGUUCGUCAAUGCGCAAGGCUGCUAAGAAGAUUCCAGGAAAAAAGGGAGACGCUGCCCAGCAGAGCGGUGUUCGAGGAAGUGAUCAUUGGAGCAGCACGAGUCAGAGUUGUUGGGCUUUGACUCAUCUGGACUUUGGCAAGGACUGGCCUAGGUGAGGUAAGUUAUUUUCAUUUCUCUUUUUUUCUCUAACUUAAGAUUAGUGGGUACGACUAUAAGGCCAGUUUUCUGCUCUGGGGUCAGAUGUGGGAUAUCCGUGAGACUUCCAGCCUCCCUGAUGGGCCACAUCAGUGCCAGGUGUAUCGAGCUGCAGCUCCUUAGAGACCGGUGAGGGAACUGGAGCUGCAGCUCGAUGACCUUCAACUUAUCAGGGAAAGUGUGGAGGUGAUCAAUAGGAGCUACAAGCAGGUAGUCACACUGAUAAGUAGGUCACUAUCAGGAGAAGGAAGGGAGAGUGUCAGGUAGAAGAGAGCACCCCGUGACCGUCCCGCUUAACAAUAAGUACUCCAUCUUGAGUACUGUGGGGGGGGGGGGAUUACUUGAGGGAAGCAACAGUGGCCGUGCCUUUGGCACUGAGUCUGGCCUCUGUGACUCAAAAGGGUAGGGAACCAAAGAGAGUGGCAGCAGUAAUAGGGGACUCUAUAGUUAGGGGGACAGAUAGGUGAACAAGGAACACGGAUGGUAACUUGCCUCCCAGGUGCCAGGGAUCAUGAUGUUUCUGAGCGUGUUCACAAUAUCCUGAAAUGGGAGGGUGAGCAGCCAGAGAUCGUGGUACAUACUGGUACAAAUGACGUAGAUAGAAAAAGAGAGGAGGUCCUGAAAGUAGAAUGCAGGGAGUUUGGAAGUGAGUUGAGAAGCAGGACCUCGAGGGUAGUAAUCUCGUGAUUGCUGCUUCUGCCACACGACAGUGAGUAUAGGAAUAGUAUGAGGUGGCGGAUAAACGCGUGACUGCAGGAUUGGAGCAGGGGGCAAGAAUUCAGAUUUUUGGAUCAUUGGAACCUCUUUUGGGACAGGUGUGACCCCUAUACAGAAAGAGUGGGUUGCACUUGAAUCCAACGGGGACCAAUAUCCUGGUGGGGAGGUUUGCUAAUGCUACUGGGGAGGGUUUAAACUAGAUUUACAGGGAACCAAAGUAAAGAGGCAGAGGAAGGGGCCGUUGGCGCACAAGUAGAGACAGCUUGUAGGGAGUUUGUGAGGAACGACAGGCAGAUGAUGGAGCAAAGAUGCACUCAGCCUGAUGGUUUGAGAUGUGUCUAUUUUAAUGCAAGGAGUAUCAUCAACAAGGCGGAUGAAUUCAGAUCGUGGAAUGUGACAUUCUGGCCAUUACAGAGACUUGGAUGUCUCAGGGGCAGGAAUGGCUGCUGAGUGUGCCAGGCUUUAGGUGUUUCAAAAAGGACAAGGAGGGAGGCAAGAGAUGGGUGUGUGGCAUUGCUAACCAAGGAUAGUGUCACGGUUGCAGAAAGGGAGGUAGUCAUGGAGGGAUUAUUUACUGUCAGUGUGGGUGGAAGUCUGGAACAGGAAGGGGACAAUAACUCUUACUGGGUGUUUUUUUUUAUAGACCCUCCCCAAUAGUAACAGGGACAUUGAGGAGCAGAAAGGAGGGCAGAGGGCAGGAAUAGUGCAAUAACAAUAGGGUUGUUGUGGUGGGAGAUUUUAACUUGCCUAAUACUGACUGGCAUCUCCUUAGAGCAAGGGGUAUAGAUGAAGUGGAGUUUGUUAUGAGUAUUCAGGAAAGUUUCCUGAUGCAAUAUGUAGAUAAGCCAACUAAAGGGGAGGCUGUACUUGUUCUGGUAUUGGGAAAUGAACCUGGUCAGGUGUCAGGUCUCUCAGUGGGAGAGCGUUUUGGAGGUAGUGAUCACAACUCUAUCUCCUUUACCAUAGUGCUGAAGAAGGAUAGGAGCAGAUUUGGGAAAACAUUUAAUUGGGGUAGGGGGAAAUAUAAUGCUAUUAGGUAGGAACUUGGGAGCAGAUAUUCUCAGGGAAAUUCAGGGAACAUUUGUAUGGCGUUCUGCAUAGGUAUGUUCCAUUGAGGCAGGGAAAGGAUGGUAGGGUAAAAGAACCAUGGUGCACAAACAGUGUGGAAAAUCUAAGAAGAAAAGCAAGUUUACAAAAGAUUCAAGAAACUAGUGUAAUGCCCUGGUUCAUACUUUUACUGUUAGGCUGUAUGCAUUUCAUUUGUGCUGUAUGUAUUUGGCAGUUCUGUAAGAGAAACUUGUUUUUAGAUUGCUCAGGUUAUGGUUGAAGAUGAGAGAUGGAGAGAAAUGUGUGUGUUCCAAUUAGGAUGGUGAAAUUAAGGGGAGGUUUCUCUGGUGAGGGACACUAAGGUUGGUCUUGGGCUUUUGUUCGUCGGGAGACCCGUUCGUCCGAGAUGGAUUGUGAGUGAUGUAUGGAAAGUGCUGUGGGCGAUCAUGUUGACUGACGACCCCAGUGCGUGAGUGAUAUGGAAGUUCAAGAUGAGCUUCCAACUUGUGCACAUCUGUUUAAUUAGAAUGGGCUCUUUCUUUUUGUUAUUCUUUACUAACCCUUCAGUUAAGAUUCAUAAAUAUAAUUCCUUUAAUCGUAUGCAGUGUAUUCUCUGUUAUUUUAUGGCACUAAUUUGUAAUAGGGGAGCGAAUUACACAGCAUCCACACAAACCGGGGCUUGGGGAGGCAGCGUGCCUCAAUCUUACAAGCUUGGCGGGAUUGGAGGUUGUCUUCCCUAGACCUACGCAGCCGAGGAAACCUGGGUGUUUUCACUAGAUACUGAUAGAGUUCUAGAAAAUUACAAGGUUGCCAGGAAGGACCUUAAGAAUGAAAUUAGGAGAGCUAGAAGGGGCCAUGAGAAGACCUCGACAAGCAGGAUUAAGGAAAACCCCAAGACUUUCUACAAGUAUGUGAAGAGCAAAAGGAUGAGCUGUGAGAGUAUCGGACCAAUCAGGUGCGAUAGUGGAAAUGACCUGGAUAAGGAAGUAGAAGGUUGAGUUAGUAAGUUUACUGAUGACACAGAAGUUGGGAGCUGUUGUGAAUAGUCUGGAGGGUUGUCAGAGGUUACAGCAGGACAUUGAUAGGAUGCAGAGCUGGGCUGAGAAGUGGCAUAUGGAGUUCAACCCAGAUAAGUGUGAAGUGGUUCAUUUUGAUAGGUCAAACUUUGAGAGAAUAUUAAUGGGUAAGAAUCUUGGCAAGGUGGAGGAUGAGAGAAAUCUUAGGGUCUAUGUCCAUAGGACAUUCAAAACUGCUGCACAGGUUGACAGUGUUGUUAAGAAGGCAUAUGGUGUGUUGACCUUCAUCAACCAUGAGAUUGAGUUCAAGAGCCAUGAGGUAAUGCUACAGCUGUACAAGACCUUGGUUAGAACUCACUUGGAGUACUGUGUUCAGUUCUGAUCACCUCACUACAGGAAGGAUGUGGAUACUAUAGAGAGAGUGCAGAGGAAAUUUACAAGGAUGAUGCCUGGAUUGCAGAGCAUAUCUUUUGAGAAUAGGUUGAUUGAACUUGACCUUUUCUCCUUGGAGCAAUGGAGGAUGAGAGGUGACUUGAUAAGAGGUGUAUAAGAUGAUGAGAAGUAUUUAUUGUGUGGAUAGGCAGAGGCUUUUUCCUUGGUCUGAAAUGGUUAACAUGAAGGGGCCUAGUUUUGAGGUACUUGGAAGUAGGUAUAGGGGGGAUGUCAGGGCUAAGAUUUUCCACAGUGUGGUGGGUGUGUGGAAUGCACUGCUGGCAAUGGUUGUGGAGGCAGAUACAAUAGGAUCUUUUAAGAGACUCUUAGAUAGGUACAUGGAGCUUAGUAAAAGAGGGCUAUGCGGUUUCUACUGGGCAGUAUCUAGAGUAGGUUACAUGGUCGGUACAACAUUGUGGGCCAAAAGCCCUGUAAUGUGCUGUAGAUUUCUAUGUUCUAGUAGCAGAGUUAGAAAAUUGUAGGUAUGAUGUUGUGGGCAUCAAUGAGCUAGGAGCUUAACAUCCAGAAAAAACAUAGCAUAUCAAAAGAAUAGGCAUUAGUGUAGAGCGUGUGAGGUGGCUUUGUUGGUUCAGAAAAAAUGAAAUCAAAUCCUUAGAAAGAAUUGACAUAGGAGCUGAAGAUGUAGAAUCCUUGUAGGUUAAACUGCAAGGGUAAAAAUACCUUAAAGGGAAUCAUAUAGAGGCCUUUUAAUAGUAGACAGGAUAUGGGAUACAAAUAACAAGAGGAGAUAGAAAAGGAAUGUUGCUAUGGUCAUGGGGGAUUUCAAUAUGCAGGUAGAUUGGGAAAAUCAAAAUGGUGCUGGAUCCUAAGGGAAGUAAUUUGUAGAAUGCUUAAGAGAUGGCUUUUUAGAGCAGUUUGUGUUUAGACUAACCAGGGAUAAGGAAAUUCUAGAUUGGGUUUUGUGUAAUGAAUGAGAUUUGAUUGGGAUCUUAAGAUAAAAGAACCCUUAGGAGACAGUGAUCAUAAUACGUUAGAAGCUGGCCAAAACUGUUGGAAAGGGACAUUAGCAAGUUUAGUGGUAGAACAGCAAUUGCUGGAGGUUCUGGGAGUAAUUUGGAACACACAGGAUCAAAGAGGCAGCAGUAUUCAAAAGGGAAGGUGAGGUAACUGUGGCUGACAACUGAACUCAAGACAGCACAAAAGCAAAAGGGAAGGCAUACAAUACAGUGAAAAGUGGAAAGCUUUUAAAAACCAGCGAAACGCAACUAAUAAAGCAAAAGGAGAGGAAAGCUGAAAUAUGAACAUAAGCUAGCCAAUAAUAUAAGAGGAUACCAAAAGAUUUUUUAAAAGAGAAGCAAGAGUGGACAACGGACAGCUGGAAAAUGAUGGUGGAUAGGUAGUUGUGGGAAAACAAUGAAAUAGCAGAUGAACAGAAUAAGUAUUUUGCAUCAGUCUUCAUUAUGGAAGACACCAGCAGCAUGUCAGAAAUUCAAGUCAGGGGCAUAAGUGAGUGUAGUUGCUAUUACUAAAGAGAAGGUGCUUUGAAAGCUGAAACGUCUUAAGUUGAAAAGUCACCUGGACCGAACGGGUUUUGACAGAGGUAGUUGAAGAGAUUAUAGAGAGGUAUUAGUAAGUGAUCUUCCAUGGAACUCUAGAUUCUGAAGUGGAGCCAGAGGACUGGAAAAAUCACAAAUGUCAAUCCACUCUUUAAAAAUAGAGGAAUGCAAGAGACAGUAAAUUUAAUGCCAGUUAGCCUGGCUUCCGUAGUUGGUAAGUUGUUAAGAGUCCAUUAUUAAGGAUGAGGUUUUGGAGUACUUGGAGGCACUCUAAGUCAAUUAUGGUUUCCUUAAGAGGAAAUCUUGCCUGACAAAUCUGUUGGAAUUCUUUGAGGAAGUAACAGACAGGACAGACAAAGGAGAGUCAGUGUAAGUCGAUUACUUGG